UUUCACUGCGCGAAAAAUAAGGCUAACACACACUCGCAUCCUUCUCUCUCUGUGCACUUAUCUGUCUCUCCCUGUAUCCAUCUCUCCAUCUCUAUUUGUCUGUAUGUCUAUUUCAAACUAUCGGCCAGUUAAAAGUUAACUGAACUAGCCUAUCCUAUAACUUUAACUCGUUAUAGGAUUGUCUUUUUCUUGAUCGGUCAAUUUUGGGUCAUUCAUUCAAUCAGCGGAUUUCUUCAUUCAUUCUCUCUUCUGCCUCUCUUUUUUCUUCACCGUAUUACCUCCCUCAAUUAUUACGCGGAGUGAGCGAAAGAGAGAAGAAACUUGGAGCACGUGACCGUUUCCGGAGUUCCAUUUAUUUAUUUAUUUUCUUAUUUGUUUAUUUAUUUAUUAUUUAAUAGUGUUUAUCUACUUAUAUCAAACUUAUUUGUACCCUGGACCUGAACAAAUAUGAAAUUGCUGGUUGACACGUCCUUCUCCCUCCUGUUCUCUCUGCUGUUGGCACAGCCAGCUUUACUUACACUGGCAGCCCCGCACAAUCAUCGGCAACUUGAAAGCCUGACCAAUCAGACGAGAAAUUUGCUCAAACUGACCAAGGACCUUUUGAAUGACCAUGUAAUCGACACAGAGAUUGAGCACAGAUUCACAUCCCUCCCAGCUAUGACCAACAAAGCAAGUCAGCUCAGUUCACUAAAGUUGAAGGAAACUCUACAACAGCUUCUCCUGGAUUUCAAGUCCUUCGAGCUCCACUUUGAGUGGCUCAAGCAGGCUUCUCGGAGACAUAGACUGCAGACCUUGCCGAACUGGACCAAAUUGAUUCCCCUUAUCAAGACACUCAGUGACAACCUCCAGCAUCAUAUGUCGAAGGUGGGCGUGACGCAGCUUCCAUCUCCCACACCCUCCCUCCCACCCUUCCCCAGCAUCUGGGACACGGGCAACGCCUCCCUAGAAGUGCUGCAGCGGUUCCGCCUCUUCUGUGAUUGGGCGUCUCGAGCCCUCCAGACCCUCAAGUCCAGGAACUGAUGGCUGAGCCAUGACGGUCCACUACAUGGCAGACCUCCAUGCAUACAGUGACCACGGUCAUUUCAUUGGAUAUUACGAGAGGGGUCCAAGUAGAGGCUCCAAGUGGUUCCUUGUAACUUAUUCCCUCUUACUUUCUUUUUUUUUACCCAUUUGGUUCAUGGUUAUUUGUUAUUUAUUUAUGUAUUUAUUUAUUUAUGUUAGUUAUUUAUUUGAUGCUAUUAUUUAUUUUGUUUUUUCAUUGCAUUAUUAUUACACUUACUUAUUUUUAGAGUUGUGAAUUGAGGUUUUCAUACCCUCCCAUACCUUCUCACUCCACACUACAACUGACAAAAUAAGGGGGAGGGUGAGACACAAGUAGCACUUCUUUGAUUCAGAGCCUCUUAUGAAACUGAUUGUAUUUUCAACAAUUUUAUUUUGUAUGUCAUAUAACAUGACUUAUAUGGUAUUUGCAACCUCCUGCCACUAGAUGUAGCAGUUAGACAGGGGAAUGAAAUCUUUGUACUGUGCUGUAUUUAGUGUAAAUACGUUGUCCCUUAAUCUCUGAGCCUGGAUCAGUUUUAAAAUUUUGCACAAAGUUUUUUUUUCUGGCAUGGAUUAGGGCUUAGUUAGCUGAUUUUGAAUCAGUGUUGGGGGAGACGAGUUUAUUGGAGCAUUUAUAAGUACACUGUACAGGAUUGUGAUAAUAUAUUACUACAUAGCAGUACAUACUUGCACCAGAAUGUACUUAGCUUAUUAUUGUAUAAAGUGCGAUUAUGUAUUAUAUUUCCACAACAUAAUGUGGAAGUCAGCAUUCAGUGAAAUCAUUGUCAUCAAGUCACUUCACUUUUAGCGAUAUAUUUUCCAGCUUGUAGUAUUUUUAUACAGUAUUUACUAUUUAUUAUUUUAUGAUAAUUUAUUGAAAUUGCACAGAAGCGAGCCUUCUGUGAUUUUGUACUUUUAUACUAUUGUAAUAUGGACUUUUUUUUUGUGCUGUUAUCACUGUUUUUACUGAAAAUGAAAUAUUGUGCUACAACCAAAACUGAAUGUUCACACAUGCAGGGCCUGUAUUAUACAGACACCGGAGGGCAGAAAUGUGAAAUGUGUAUUUUGAACAUGGAAAGAAAUAAUAAAGUAUCCUGAUACAACUGAACAA